AUGAUUGCCGCGCUUGGAGGUGACGUCGAACGACGACAGUGGUUUCGCAUGGUGGACGGCAACAUCACCGUGAGAGAGUUAGCUCAGUUCAACAGUACAGAGGAAUUCAUUACCUUAGCUUCAUUCGGCAGAGCUCUCAGGAAUUCUAACAUCUCAUCCGCCUUUUCAGCUUAUGAUUUUCCAAACGGUGUGGCUGCAGCUCGUGUGAGGAUUAACGACACCAAAGUCUGUCUGGUGUUCCCCAUCUCAGACUUCAGUGCAGCCAUCAACUCUAUCUCAGCCAGAAAUACAUCGGAGCUAGUAUCAACCCCAGAUAACGAUGACGAAUACACGAUGAAAACGGAUGACAAGAUGACAGAUGCGGAGUUGGCAGCUUUCAACACAACUUCACCAAACCUGUACCAGAUCUGCCAGGGACGACGAACUGCACCACCCAUCAUCAUCGACACCACGACUGCAGUUCAAACUG